GCGUGUGUGUGUGUAUUUGUGUGUGUGUGUUCAUUGAUUGUGUGUGAAUUCACUGAGCACAUCUGUGUGUGUGUGUGUCUGUGUGAGCUCAGUGUGUGCAACUGUCUUUGUGUGUGUCUGUGUGUGUGUGUGUCUGUGUGUACUUGUGUGUCUGUGUGUACUUGUGUGUAUCUGUCUUUGUGUGUUUCUGUGUUUAUUGUGUCUUUGAUGAUUGUGUGCGCGUGAAUUUGUGUUCAGUGCGUGUGUGUUUGUAUCUCUUUGUGUGUGUGUGUGUGUGUGUCUCUCUGUGUGUGUGUGUGUGUGUGUGCAGUAGGUGGGCCAGGCGCGUCUGGUGAACAGGUGGAGCUCCUCUUCCUGUCAGAGAAUCUUCAGCUCUCGAGCGUCAGAAACACACGCACGCGUCUGAGAGAGUGUGUGUGGAUCGCAGUGUGUGUUCGUCCUCAGAGAGUGAUGAUGGCGAGAGUGUCCGGCCUAAUCCUCACACUCAUCCUGCUGACCACCGCGCCGGUGUCUGCACAGUUCUCCUUAUAUGACCCCACAUACUGUUUCGUUCUGGACGGCCUUCUGCUGAUCUACGCCAUCGUCAUCACCGGCUUCUUUGUGCGCGAGCGGUUCAUCAAGCAGAGGCCGGUGGAGGAGUCUCAUUAUCAGGCCAUUGAUAAACAGGGGAAGUCUGAGUAUGCCACAGCCAACAGAACCCAGCGCGGCUCCGAGGAGGGCAGAUCUGGGGGCCGCAGGCGGGUGGAUGAGACGUACACGCCUCUGACUAGGAAGGGGGACGACACGUACCGUGAGCUGGAGAACAAGGGAGACCGCCGGCGGCAGGAUCAGCUCUAUCAGGGUCUGAGCUCGGUCACCAAGGACACGUACGACUCUCUGCAGAUGCAGCAGCUCCACCCGCCGCCACCACCGCGCUAAACUGAUCUCAGAUCUGCUUCAGGAUCACAGUCCACACACACACACACACACACACACACACACACGCACACACACACACAUCACUCUGCUUGCACUCUGAUCAGCAUCACACACACACACACACACACACACACACACACACACACACACACACACACACACACACUCCUCCACCUUUAUAGUUGGUAACAUUUAUAGUUUUCUGUGAUAUACGGUCAUCAUGAGCUUCAGUGUGUGUGUGUGUGUGUGUGUUUAAUCAUCAGUGAAUUGGAUCAUUCUUCAUGUAUGUCCUCAGUCACGUCUCGUGUGUGUCAGUAAUGCUGAUUAUUAUAAUAAUAACUGUUAUGAGCAGCAGCUGUCGUCUGAAUACAGCAGUGCUGGAUCCCCCAGAUCAACAGCCCCUCAUUUCUCUCUGUCUCCUGCUCAACACAACUGAAGAUCUUCUGUUGAACGCUGUAAACCAGCAGCCGCUCAUCUACUAACCCUAACCUCAACAUUCUUCAAAAUCUCUUCUCCUGCAGUAUUUGUAAUGGAUCAUUCUUUUGUUGUGGAUGAUGAUAACAGUGUUCAGUUUCUCACUUUAAUGAAUGGAAACAGACACAGCUGGGAUUCUAGGUGUAUUAGUGAAUGCACACACACACACACACACACACACAUAUAUGAAUAUUAAUAACUGCUGUCUGAUAUUAGUUUAAGCAGUAAUAAUAUGUAACAUUAGUAGACCCACAGGGAAUCUGCACUCGCAGAUUUUCACCCCAUCAUUAAUUCUGUUCAUUUACUAGAGUAAAUGUGUGUGAAUCUAUAUUUAUUCCCUUUUUACAUUAAUUUCAGUAAUAUUAUAAUAAUUUGUAAGUCAAAUGCAGUUUGUACAGUCAUAUUCUCUGUCUUUCAGUAGAGAUAUUAUAAGAGAGACUUGCUUUAUUCACCAGAUAAAGUGGAUCUAAUCAGAUUUGCAUUUUAAACAUUAAAGUUAAACGAGAUGAUUUUUUAACUCAUAUAUGAAGGUUUUAGUUUUGAUUCUCCCAAAAUCAUUCAGCAGAAAUCUGCAGAAACCGUCUGCGGACUGCGUCUGGCCCUGCUGAUGAGCUGUUACUGUGCUGUUGUGAUGUUGUAUUAGUGUAAUUCUGCAUUUGCUCUUUUAAACUGAGAAUUUCAUCCUCUUCUAUUGGAGUUUCUUCUGUUUAGUCUGUCUGAUUAUUGUAUUUUUGAUCAGCUUAAUAAAAAGGCUUUAGACAA